UCGUGCUCUUUUGUGUGUAUUCUCUAUGUUUAUGCGAGCAAGCGUCUUUAUCAUGUCACAUCAAUGUUGCCAUUUGACGCGCUUCGUCUUGAAUCUGCUGGAAAGCCGCUGAGCUUCGUGCACGAAUCUGACGCUAUACCGGCCACAAAGUGCACGGAAGAUCUCAGAGGAGCAUAUCUUCGAUUUUGCAUGGAUUUGUGUUUUGCUCUGCGCUCUUGGCAUCACUGCGUAAAAGACUGAUCCUAUUGCCGAGGGGGGAAAAAAGGCGCUGGCGCUGCGCCACGAUCUGGCAAGUGCGCCUCCCUUCACCGCUGUUUGGCUUAUUCAUAGUUAGGGGUUUGGGUUUGGCUGUUUUUAAAAAGGCAAGCACUGCUGUGAAGUUGAUCAGUCUGCUCAGAAAACUUCCAGAGGGGAAAGUGUUUUGGAAUCGGAAAGUCCAGAAUUUCAGUGCGCAACCAAUUGUGCACAAACUGGACUAUUGGAGAAUACCCAAGUGAAUCAUUUUUUUUAAAUAUGUAUGUAUUUAUAUAAAAAUCCACCGGAUUCUUCAUCAUCAAAUAUUUUUCAUCAAAGACUGUUUUUAUUUUCUCAUUUUUAAGACACCCCAACCUGUGCUUUCACUUUGCAUGCGGAGUUUUCACUCGAAUCUGAGCCAAACGUUCACCCGCUCUUAUAUCUAGUUCUUGCUUUUUUUAUUAUUAUAAUUAUUAUUUAAAUCGGACCUCAUUCACUUUGAAACGAAGUAUGGCUCUUCUUGUGCUGGGUACAUUUCUCACGGCGUUGUCCAUCAGCGGAGGCUCUUACGUUCCGUGCGAGCCGUGCGAUCAGAAGGCGCUCUCCAUGUGUCCUCCGGUCCCGGUGGGCUGUCAGCUGGUGAAGGAGCCCGGCUGCGGCUGCUGCUUGACUUGCGCUCUGGCGGAGGGACAGGCGUGCGGGGUGUACACCGGUACAUGCACGCACGGGCUGCGCUGCCUGCCGCGCAACGGCGAGGAGAAGCCGCUUCACGCCCUGCUGCACGGCAGGGGAGUGUGUACGAACGAGAAGGGAUACAAACCACCGCACCCACCCAUUGAUCGCGAAUCAAUAGAGCAUGAUAAUACAGUGAAGCCAGACACGACUGAAGACCAGAUUCCUAAAAUUCCCCUUUACCCCAAACCAGACGUAAUCAACAGCAGGAAGCAUGCUGCCGUGCGCAAGGACAAGAAGAAACAACAGGAGAAGCAUCGGUCACUGGGGUCCAUGGACUACUCCCCCCUUCCCAUCGACAAGCAUGAGCCUGAAUUUGGUCCAUGCAGAAGGAAGCUGGAUGGAAUCAUCCAAAGUAUGAAAGACACCUCCCGCGUCAUGGCUCUUUCCCUCUACCUGCCUAACUGUGACAGGAAAGGCUUCUUCAAACGCAAGCAGUGCAAGCCCUCCCGUGGCCGGAAACGAGGCAUCUGCUGGUGCGUGGACAAAUAUGGCGUGCAGCUGCCCGGCACCGACUACAGCGGCGGUAACAUCCAGUGCAAAGAUAUGGAGAACAGCAACAACAAUGAGUGAGAAUCAACCCACCCUGAUCACCAGACCUAGGGCCCACCUCCUUGUCCUGUCCCACCAGUCUACCCGCCAGUCACUUUGAGAUUUUGAUGCAAAACGACAAAGAAACACAACAGCUAUUACAAAUACAAACAAUCAGACUAAAACGAAAAUGUUAAAGUGAGAUAAUCCACAGGAAUCGUUUUGACUGAGCACUCAUCUCUAUCUCACUGGACUCAGCCAAUCAGAGGAGCCCCUGCUAGAGCCGAGUUCCGACAACAACAAUAAAAAAAAAAAUGCUAAAAAAUAUAUACAUACAAUUAUAUAUUUUUAUAGAAGCUGGGGUUUGAGCACCAUACUGUUUUGUUUAAAGUUAACAUAAAACAAAAAACUACAAAAAAAAAAAAAAAAAAGAAUAUAUGGCAUGUUGAAUAUUAACAGGGCUAUCUUGGUCUUUUACAUCUUUUGCUGUCAAGGUAUCAAAGGAGAUAGCAGGAACUUUUACUAUUUGGAAAAAAAGGUGUUGUUUUCCAAAAGAAAAGAAAGAAAGGAAAACACAUGGUAGAGAUCUGCUGAUACAGUCAUCUCUAUCUGGCUUUUGUUUUGUUUUUUUGGUCCUGUCAGAGCACUUAUUCAUUGGGGAACCUGCUUGGAAAUGUGUAACUUCACCAAGUUCAGUGUAUGCGUGUGUGUACGAGCGUGCGUUUGCGUGCGCACGCGCACGAGCAAUGAAAUACGGCGAUAGCUUUGAAAAAAAGAAUGUUUUUUUUGUCUUUGUGGCAUAUCCCUCCCAGAACAUAGUGAAAACCAGGAUCCCAUUAGACAAAUCUGUUUCAGUGGCUCUAGACUUUGUAGCUUACCUAACAUGCCAACCGUGCCUACGUAAACAGACGCUGCCACGCAGAGUUACACGGGGUCCCGAACGAAAAAACAAAAAAAGUCCACACAGAAUCAAUCGGUGUCCACGCCUAGAAAAGAAAAGGCCACUCUGGAAUCGUUUCGUAUCAGAUAUUGUGGCAUCUGGGCCGAGUUAAAAUCGAGACAGAUGCUGUAACCCUUAAACGCUCCCAGCAUUUGCGUUUGAACUUUGACGGACGUUCACCGUGCAGAGCGGUAGUUUCUUUCUGUCUGUAAUGUGUUGUUUUGCUUUUCUGAAUAACUUUUGUUAUGUGCCGUUUCCUUUGACUUCAUGGAGGUAAUGACAGUCCACUUAUGAGCCAUGUUCCUCGACCAUGUGGUUUCACCGAAAUAGGUGCAACCUUGGUAUGUUACCUUUAACUCUAGAUUAUUGAAUGUGUUUUACGUUUCUUUUUUUGCUUUGUUAUCCUUAACAAACAACCACAACCAUCAGGUGCUCAGCAGAGGAGUGUUAGCAUUGUCAAUUUGCAUAUUUCCAUCUGACCUGUCAGAAUGACAACUUGCUCAUUUGAAUGCAGGUCGGACCACUUUCGAAGCUCCGCCCACUUUGACUGUUCACCAGUAGGUAAAUGUUCUUUUGGUCAGCACGAUGACACAUUUCAUUUGUAUUCCUGUAUUUCAUCUGUGUUAUUAAGCAAGGUGGAAACAGAAGGUGUGUUUCACUACAGCGUCGUUCGGUGUGAGUUUCUGUGUGCGAGUCUCAGUGCCUUCCUACAUGCAAAUACAUUUGAAUGGUGACGUGAAUGUUACACAAUAGCCAAGGGGAACGAAACGACCUUUUUAUAUUGACGAAGGACCUCAGUUGCGUUCAAAUACGGCAUCAGAUUAGAUAUUAAAUCCGUUACACUACAUUGUAUGUCAAGCAGCUAUCAGAAAUCGCUCCCUGCGCCGAGGCUAAGAUAGGGAGAGACCGUAGUCCAGCUAGCGCUAGCUCAUUUACUGUUAUUUCUCCUACGAAUAAGCUGACGAUCGAUUUGACAGAGACUGCAAAUGUGUGUAAUUGCUGACGAGAGUAUUUUCAAUCAAGCUAUACAUCACACAGGGAUACUCACCGGUCGGCUCUUGAAGAGUGAGCGAAGCCAUUUCCCUGCCACAAUGGGUCCGUUCGGAUCUUAUUUCAGGGCCCGAAUGAUCAUAGAUUUGCUGCUGGGAGGGGGCUGUAAAAUAGUCGCUAACACGGUACCCCAUAGGGCUGCAUGUCUCCAGAUCUCUAUCACGCAAGUACCCAUUAGAACCAGGCCCGGACGGAAUCCACUACGUUCUAAUCGGUAGCCGAAAGCACAGUAAAGUUUGCCAGCGUAGGAAUUUGUGAAUGCCGGACGUUCCGAUUCUGCGGAAUUCCACGCACGAAGAUUCCGUGCGGGCCUGGCUGUGAUUCGGAAUAACCACGGGUCCGCAGAAUGUAACCGUUGCAUGUCAAAAAAGAAUCGCGAAUGACAAUUGGCCUUCGAAUGGUAGGUGGCACGAAAGAGAAAGAGUGAGUUCAGGGUGUGCGGGUUAACCAGACUUUUGCAGGUGUCUUGAGUACGUCGUGGAGGCCUAGUGGCCUCCGUUAUUGCACAAUUAGCCUCGUAGGUGUCGGUCACCACAGGGCGAAAUCAGUAAUCAGCAUUAUCCAGGUCCUGAUCCAUGCCGAAAGCCCCCUCCCCCAUUUAAGAAAGCAGCUUGCACUUAAUUCCUUACCUUGCCACGCGUUUAGUGCCGUCUCAAAGUGAAUCUCAGUUCAGGUAUAGGAGCAGGAGCAGGCCUCGGACAGAUACCCUGCCUGAGUACCUUUGACAGGGGCUUCACAGCCCAAGCCUGAGACCCGCAUCAUCAUUCAGUGGGUUUACCAGUAACACAACUCUACCAAUCACAGUCUAUUCUACAUCUACUCUUAUAGACUUUGCGUCUCAGUGAUAUCCGGGGAAGAAGGAGAGCGGGUGAGAGCCUCAAGCGGUGAUCUUGUGCUGGGCCUCCUUUCACAACACACAACACACAACGCAUACUGCAAAAAUCAAUUUCUUAAUCAGUAUUUGUGUCUUGUUUUCCAGUCAAGUCAUUUGAAAGACUAUUUUUAGAUUAAUUUUUAAGACGUUUAGGGACAUGUUUGCCCAUAGGGUGAGGAAAAACCAGCUUUGACUUACUUUCUUCUGUAGAGCAACAGAGGAGAAGGUUAGUAAAAUGUCCAAGCUGCUCACUUCUAUAGGCUCCAAAAGGUGCACAAUAAAGUCUGAAAUGAUGAAACGCAUUCAAAGCUGUAGGAGAACUUUGUGUAAGGAACGUAAUUCAAUUUAAGUUAUUAAUUCAAAACCUUGCCUUGAAAAUCUCGCUUGACAGCCGUGGUCACCAUUCACUUUCAUUGUAUGGAAAAGCGCAGCUUGGAUAACCCACUCUAAACUGGUGUUCCAUGGAAGAAAGAACGUCAGUGAAUGCUAGGAUUUUCCUAGAGGUUUUGACAAAUUCUCUGAAAACGAGUGUUACGAUCUUUUGCUUCUGAAGUUGAUUGAUUUCCUUUUAAGAAUGUCUAGAUAUUUGUACUGAAAAACCAGACAAAAAUGCUAAUUUUUGCAGUGCUUCACACUUCACAGUAGAAUUUGUAGACGGACAGUCUCGGAAUCUGAUAAGCAGGCAUGCAACGUUUUUCUGAAAACCCUGAAUGUUAUAAGACGAUGCACUAUGGCUGAAAACCAUUUACCUUGUUACCCCAGGUCGUAGAAUCCAUCUGGGUGUCAUUGUAAGAAUGGGAAAGAAAUGUCAUUAAUGUGAUUUUGAUCCGUUCUGAUUUGUAAUUAGAGGUAACAGACUAUCGAUUGCCAGGACGCAGCAUGUUGCUUUUGUGCUUAUCUGCUUUCAUCAGAUUCCGAAUCUUAUACUUGGGUAGACAGCAGCGUUCAUAACUCACACUACAGUAGAAAUGACAGGUUUUCUUUCUUUCUCUGAAUGCAUAACAGUUUUUUUUUUUCUUGAUUGCUUUUCUUUUUUUGUGGAUGAGAAAAGACUUGAUGAUUGACCACCUAAAUGUGGCUUAAACUGGCAUGUGAAAAAGACCCAUUAGUGGCUGGAGGACUCUAAAAAUGUUCAGCAUUUGGAACUCUUAUUAAAAACCAAUAAAAUGGAAAAAAAAUCUCAAAUUAUUAAGAAAGUGAAUAUCACUGUGUAAUAUUUAUUCAACUUGUAAUUUAUGUACUCUUUUAACCUUUGUCUUUUUUUUGUUAUGACAAAGCAUUUAUUUAAAUAAAGUUAUGUAUUCAUUUAA